CUAUCAGACACCGAGGAAUAUUCUACCCUGAACACGUCUACCAUGAACGCGUCUACCAGUAAUACAUCUACUUUAAACACUUCUACUUCACACAACUCUUCUACUUUGAACACUUCUUCUUCGAAUAGUUCAACUUCUAACCAAACUACAUUACCCGCGUUUCGGACAAACUCAGCUUCUUAUAACGCUUCAACUUUAAGCUCGUCUACCCUGAAUUCUUCGACGUCAUCUACGAGCGACAAUCUACCUAACCCCUUGAGCUCAUCUAGGCAACAAUGUCCUACUUCUACCGAUGCCUGUGGAACCGGCAAUGUUAACGGCACCGCAACGCUUGAAAACGAUACCGGCGCAACUGCUGAGCCAGAUUCUUACGUUGCCACGGGUUCUUUCUCUUCUGGAUCUUCCGGAUCAUCGGUAUCUUCGGUAUCAUCAUCGUCUAGUGUAUCGUUUCCAGUAAAUUUAAAUGCCGAUGGUACCGGCAAAUCCCCGUGUACCGGGAAAUUAGCGUCCGGUACCGGUAACGACAACUCCGCUAGCAACGUCUUCGAUAGUAACGGUUGCAAGAUAACCAGGCACGAGCAGAAGUUAAAUAACGGCAUAGACGACAGUAAUGAAGUACCGGAUACCGUACCGGAACCGGUAGAACAACGCAACGUUGCCGGUCAGAGCCAUCCGGUAAAACGGAAACGUACGGACGACGAGGGUGAAGACGAGGCAAACGUCGUGGUGAAGCACGAGAACGAAUCCUUCCCCUCUGAGGGUAUGAACUCGCCCCCCGCCUCCCACUUGCUCUCCCCCACCGAGGGGGGGCUGCGGGUGGACCAGUCCGUUAUUAACGGUACUGGGGAUGAGGGGGGCUGUACCGGCACCGUUAUUAACGGUACCGGCGACGAAGAAGGCUGUACCGAAACUCCGUACAACAGCGAUGUGGACAUCAGCGACGAUGAGGAGACAAAGUCCCGGGACAGCGGGCCAAACGUCGACGAAAAGCACUCUCCAACGCUGUCCCCGUCACACGGGGGGUUGACGCUGCCCCCCUACCCUCACCUGGUGGGGGGACUGGACCGCUUCCACCCCCACGCCCCCUACCCCGUCAUGCCCAACUCCCUCCUGCAGCAGAGCAUGAUGUACAUGGCGCACUACAUGCCUCAGGUCCCCCCAUUCCCCGGGGGUCUCAUGGGUCACGGGUCCCUCCCUGAGGAACGCCGUAAACGUAACCGAACCUUCAUAGACCCCGUAACCGAAGUCCCGCGGUUGGAACAGUGGUUCAACCACAACACUCACCCCAGCCACAACCUCAUCCUUAAGUACACUGAAGAACUCAACCGCAUGCCAUACCGCCAGAAGUUCCCCAAACUAGAACCGAAGAACGUGCAGUUCUGGUUCAAGAACCGCCGUGCUAAGUGCAAGCGCUUGCGUGUGUCCGGAGACCAUGUGGCCAUAGGGAUCACGUCUUAUGGAGCUAAAUGAGGCCAUAGGGAUCACGUUUUAUGGAGCUAAAUGAGGCCAUAGGGAUCACGUUUUAUGGAGCUAAAUGAGGCCAUGGCCUCAUGCCAUAUGGAGCUAUGUGGGGCCAUGGCCUCGCGCCAUGUGAACCCAUAUGGGAGCCAACCUGCCGCCAAAUGGAGCCAUGCGAUGGAUCGUGUAGCAGGACACAGGUUCUCAUGUAUAUUUGUGUGAAGCUCAUGUAAAGCGCAUGCCUGGGAAAUUAGUGGUAUGAUGUGUACCUGUGGUAUGACUGGUACUAUAUCCUGCAUACCUGUGGUGUGACUGGAAUAAGGUUUCGUUAGAGGGUAAGGGUUAAAGAGUGAGGGUAAAAGAGUGAGGGUU